GGGGUACGGGACCUGUUUUGCUUUUUUGCUCAAACAAAUAAGAAGCAUCUUGCAGCCCGCCACAUCUGCAUUUUUCCAACCUUGGAUCUUCUCUUUCUCUCUCUACUUGUUCUCACAAGACAUUUUCGUGGCAAAUAUUUCCCCCCAUAGAAAUUUGCCCAAAAUGAGCGAGAAAGCCAACCUCAGCGCCCAGUCGGGCACUGGCCCCGACAUUGAGGCUGUCAACAAAACCACGUCCCCGCCCGGCUACGAAGAUGUCACCCUUGAGAAGGGCACCGAUGCCUACAACCGCGCCGGCGCCAUCGAGGCCGAGCAGCAGGAGCUGUCCAUGACGGUCAUCGAGACGGUCAAGGCCUAUCCCGCUGCCACUUUCUGGGCCUUUAUCAUGUCUUGCACCAUUAUCAUGGAAGCCUACUGCGUCUUUUUGAUGGGCAACUUUGUCGCCAUCGACCGAUUCAAGAAUCGCUUUGGUGAAUUCAGCGAACGCGAGAACGGCUUCAUCAUCACCACCCCAUGGCAAUCCGGUCUGCAGAUGACUGGCCCGGUCGGAGCCUUUAUCGGUGUCAUGAUCGCCGGUCCCAUUACGAGCAAGAUCGGCUACCGAUGGGCCACAAUUGGUGGUCUCAUGGCCCUCAACGGCUUCAUCUUUGUCUUUUUCUUCGCCGACUCCUUGGCCGUCAUGCUGGUAUCUCAGCUUCUCGAGGGUAUCCCUUGGGGAAUUUUCAUUGCCAACGCACCGGCUUACUGCAGUGAAAUCGUCCCCAUGCGCCUGAGGGCCCCUUGCACCCAGAUGUUGCAAAUGUUCUGGGCUAUUGGAGCCAUCAUCGUCCAAGCCGUCACCUACCAAUACAACGAAGUCGAUGCCGACAUUGCAUACAAGAUCCCCAUCGCACUCCAAUGGAUGUUCCCCACACCUCUUGCCCUCCUCGUCUGGUGGGGCCCCGAGUCCCCCUGGUGGCUCACCCGCAAGGGAAGACUCGAGGAGGCUGAAAAGGCCGUCAAGCGCCUGGGUCGUGCAUCGUCCACCGACAACCCGGCCGCCACCGUGGCCAUGAUGAAGCGUACCAUUGAUCUGGAAAAGACCACCACGGAGCCCAGCUUGAUGGAGCUGUUCAAGGGUACCGACCGCUACCGAACCCUGAUUGUGUGCGCCGUCUACGCUGCUCAGAACCUGACGGGCAACCUGAUUGCCAACCAAGCCGUCUUUUUCUUCCGACAGGCUGGUAUCAGCUCCAACCUUGCCUUUGGUCUUGGUCUUGUCGUCUCUGGCGCCCAGACCAUCAUGGUCAUGGCAUCUUGGGUCCUCACAACAUAUCUCGGCCGACGAACCAUUUACCUCUGGGGUUCAGCCAUCAACAUGAUCUUCCUCAUCGCCGUCGGUAUUGCAGGAUCUUUCGGCAAGUCGGACGCAUCAUCCCUGGCGACCGCCUCGCUUGGUCUGAUCGUCUCGGUGCUGUUCUGCUUGGGUCCCGCCCCGGCCUCGUGGGUCAUCAUCGGAGAGACGUCUUCCAUCCGCCUCAGGCCGCUCACCACCGGCGUCGGUCGUGCCUCUUACUACAUUGUCAACAUCCCCUGCAUCUACCUGUCCUCCUGGAUGCUCAACACCGAGGGUGCCGACCUGGCCGGCAGGACCGGUUACGUCUGGGCCGCCACGGCUUUUGUCUGUCUGGCGGCGGCGUACGUCUGGCUGCCCGAGAUGAAGCACCGCUCCUACAGAGAGAUCGACAUUCUCUUCAACCGUCACGUCCCCGCCCGCAAGUGGAAGAACACCACCAUCGACAUCCACGACGACGAGUAGACGAGGUGCAAAACAAGUGCCGGCAGAGGGAUGUGAGACUUUUUCGUUUGUCAUGUGGGGUCGGACCAGAUCUGGCCAGCGUUGUUAUCGAG